UGUAUCUCUUAUCAGACCAGCUGAUUCCGCAGCUGGCAAACGGGGGGGCGCAACCAGCGGCUCUCUCUUACUAUUCUCCCUUCUCUUUACUACCACCGCCUACGUUCAAGCUGAAUUCAACAUUGACCGUCGAGCUUCGCGCAGUGCAAGAGGCGCGUACAUACACCGCGCGUUAAUAUGGAAAAAUGAGCCGUACCCUACGUGCCAUCGUUCCCUCGCUCGUCGCACGAGUAUGGCAAACGUAGCCGCGUGAUGCGAACAUUACGUUUAUGGGGUGCCAGGGUGUAGCGCUAGCAUGAGCAUUUCUCAAGACAGCGCCGCUACGAUCGUGUGCAGGGAGGUUUUCGACGAGACGUCUCAUCCGACGAACGAAGAGUUGCUCGACUAUGCAAGGCGUUUGGGAAUUGAUCCCGAUGCGGAACCGCACCUUCUGGACUUGGCCCGCGAGGGUCUUAUGGCAGCCCUGCCUAAGGGAUGGUCCCCAUGCUUCCACGAGGCCAGUGGUGCCUGGUAUUAUUAUCAGGAAUCCACCGGCACCACCACCUGGGAGCAUCCCCUAGAUGCAAUUUACAAAGGGCUCGUGGAACAAGCCAGAACUGGCAACAAGAGGCAACUGAGCCUUGAAGAGGAUUCCAAGACUACAGCCAAAGAUCUUGAGUCUCACGAGGACGCGACUUUGCCAAAAGAAACGAUUAUUCCGAAGGAAACUAUUAAAGAAACUGGCCAUGCGAAACCUAGCAUGACAGGCACUAAAAUUCCUAUGAAACUGGCACCUCUACGGAAAGUGGAAAAAAUCGACAGUUCGCGCAAAAAGGAACGUCCCUCCUCCUUCGAUAGGCUUCAAUCAACGAGGGAAAGUGACUCAAAAUCCGACAACGCAAUGUCCUUGUCCAGCGAUCGGGCCUCGAGAGAUUAUACAAACUUGAAGUUUCAAGACCCAAAAUUUUACGAGUGCCCUAAACUGCUCGAAACAAGAGACGCAACUGCAGCAACCACGGCAAUCGCUGCGGCAACAACGGCGAAAAAAGAGCUUGAUCUGAAGGAAGUGCUGAAGAGAUCCGAGUCGCUGAGUCCGUGGCAUGAGAAAGAUUGGGAGCAGCUCUCCAGCAAGUUCAGUUCAGAGGAGAACAUAAUCGACAUUGACAAGCUCAGUGCCAGUACGUUGUCGAGACCGGAGAAGCUUGAGAAAUUCGACAAGGAAAAACACCCGAGUCAGUUGGGUCAGCAAAAAGAGUUGACACUUAGUGGUGGUGGCUCAAUGUUUUUGAAAAGUAACAGGAGCAGAGAUACAACGCCUAGUCAAGAUGGUGGCAAGUUGGAGGACUUCCGGACAUUGACAGUCUCCGAUGAAACCAAUAACACCGUUGGUGACAGACCCAAAUCCAUUCUAAGGGAGAAACAAUUUGAAGAUGACGAUCGACCAUUGGAUGAAGAACGUAAAAGCGUGCGCUUUGACCUGGAAAAGGAAUUCAACAUCAAUUUUACGUAUUCAGAGUCCGAAGACGAAUGGGACUCUGAAUCUGAAGAUAAGAAUCCGCGGACAUCGGCUGUAAUCAGCGAUAAACUUACUAGUACCAUUUUGUCUUCAUGGAAAUCUACUUCGCAAAAUGUCGACGACAACGACGACGACGACAAGAACGACUAUUUUACUGAGAAAGAACAGGAUAAAAUGGAUUCAGAGAUCAGCAGGGAGAAUUUCUCCGUAGAUAAAAUCGAAUCCGUAUCGAAAAACGCUAAAAUAGUUGGCAAGAGAUUUCUCGUGCAGAACGUUUCGGAAAAUGAACACCGUAGUCAAAUGACUAAGAAUACCCUAGAAAGGGAUAACAGUUUUGAUUUUCUACCUAAUAAAUUAGGUGAAAAGGUGAAAAACAUUGAUAUAGUGUCAAAAAGCGAAACCGAUUGCAGUACUGCGAAAAGCAGUGAUUCCGAUGAGAUACGCAAAACAAAACUAAUUGAGAAAGCGAAGCACGCAACAAAUCGCUUGUCGAAUCGACAAUUCGAAGAUGACGAAUCGUCUGAUCACAUGUCGAGGUUUAAUCAGAAUUACGCGCAGAAGGAGCGAUUUGUCCGACCAAAGCUAGAGUACUCUCCAAGUAUUGACGAUACGAAGGUGAAAAUGAAUAAAGAACACGAGGAAGAAAUUGAAGCUUUCGGGAUCGAGCUCGAUAUUAAGCUACAGGAAAAGAAGAAGGAACUUGAGGAAAAUUUCAGGCAACAGAAAAUCUUAAUACAGCAGUUUUUGGAUCAAAAAUUGGAAGAAAUGAAACAGGAAAUGGCGCAGAAGGAAGAGCAAGAGGUACAAAUAUUGAUCAGUGAAAUGGAUCAGGCCAGGAUGGAAAAUUUAAAGAAAGUCCGCACGGAACUGGAGGUCUGCUAUGAAAAAGAGAGACAAGAAAUAUUGGCCAAUCUCAAGACAGAACUCGACGAGAGAAAAAGGGAACUUCUGGAGUUGCGGAGUCAGGAGAUGGGCAAGCUGGAGAACGAGCACGAGCGUGAUCUCGGUGAAGAAAAGCUCGCAAAGUUGAAUGAAUAUGAGCUGAGGAAGCAGCAUACCGAAAGACUCGAAGUCUUUAAAAAAGAGCUGGAAAAGGAAUUCGAAGAUGUAAGAAACGAACUGAGAGUACAACAACGAGAAAAAAUCACUAAGUUCACCGAAGAUCACGAGCAGUGUUUAGCCGAGAUUCUUCGUGACUUUAGAAUGGAUGAAGCUCUCGCUCGUAAAAUGUACAAAGAGCGACUGGAAGAAAUCCGCGCGGAUUUUGCACGAGACGCCGAGAAGGAGGCGAGACGACAGACCGAGCGGGCUCUUCAGCAAGAGAGUAUCGACUUUGAAAAGAUGCGCUGCGAGAAGCGACUGCUGCAGGAUAAGUAUACGGCGCUCAAGGAAAAGUAUAUGAAGCUGAAGAACGACGUUCGCCUCGCGGUGGAGAGGAAGAGCAGGAAAAAGGAGGGCUAUGCCACGGCGUCAGAAACCGAAAGAUCGACAUCCACUAGAACGAGGACAGACAAGACCGAUUCGUCGGAACAAAAUACUCCGCUGAAGAACGCGCGCUCGAGCCCAGUAACAAACGCGAAAUCGCAGGACAGCCAGAGCGCGAGCGAGCAAGUUGAAGAGCAAAACGAAAAUCCGGAAAGUUCAAGGAGUCAGAAUGCAAUAGCGGCAUUUCAGAAAUACGCGCCCACCGCCGCUGGCCUGAAAAGUACCGCAAAAUUUGAGUCUGACGAUACGACUACCGCCAGCGAGACCAACACUAACAUGGUAACGAAGAAGAAGAAGAGCUUCAGCAAAAGAGCUACUUCGAGUGCAGGACGUUCGAGCGGUAGUAAUAACAACAAUGUGGAAAAUCCGGUGGAGAACAUUAGAAAACAGCUCAAGAAGCUAGAAGACCUCGGUGACCAAUUACCGAGCAACGAAACGGCCUAUACUGUGCGAUAUCCUUUUCAAGAUAAAGGUGAUUGUUUUAAACUUAUCUCGCGCGAUGUAUGUAUUGUGCAAAGGAUACCUGAUUCUUUUUUUUUCCACGCGAAUAUAAAUUUUUCUCCUCGAAAAAAUCUCUAAAGAUUUACUCUCAACUUAAACCGUGUCGGAUCAAGAUCAAAUCAAUUUGAAAAAUACAAUACUAUUUGUAUCGUUUCAAGAGUAAUACGCAGUUUCUUUCGGAAACAGAAAUUGACUGUGUUUCAUGAGCUAAACAUAUAAUUCAAUUCCUUUCUAUCACUUUUACUCCCAUAAUAUGAAUACAAAAACUUGAGCAGUAAAAAUAUAUUAAUGCAAAUUACGAAAGAAUUGAUUAAUUUCGAUGUUCUAAACUAUGUUAUGUUUAUAAUAAAUAAUAAUAAAAUCUUGAAUUUCAGAAAAUAUACGUAACACGUUUUCACAUGUAUUUAUAUGUACAUUUGACAAUUGUAAAUAAGUGUACUUUUAUAUAUGUGUAUACUUUUUGAGAUUAUUAUAAUAUCUCUCGUUGA